CGCUGUCGCCGCCGCCGCUGCUCGUGCCGCCGAAAUGGCCCUGAGGCUGCCGCUCCAGCUGGGCCGCUCCUCCCUUGCCUCCAGGUCUGCGUUGCUGCCCAGAGUUUUGGGAGGUGCCCACUUCAGCGCAGAAGGAAAUCCGGAAAUCCCUCCCAAGCAGCCGCUCAAGAAAGCAAAGUUGCCUGUGGGUCGUUUCGAUGAGGCAGAAGAGUCCAGUGCAGAGAAGGAGCCACUAGAAAAAUUUCCAGAUGGCAUCAAUCCUGUUACAAAAGAGAGAGGUGGACCCAAAGGCCCUGAACCAACUCGCUAUGGAGACUGGGAACGCAAAGGACGGUGUAUAGAUUUUUAAAGGGCUCCCAAUACUGUUAAAAUGACAUAUUUGGGUGAAGGAAAAACUGGGGAGGUGACAUUUAUGUGCUGCAGAGUGUUGUAUUUAUUUAAUUGCAAUUGAGAGACAUACUUUCUGUGAAUAAAUAUAUCUUCUACACAAGGGUA